AUGAAGCGGCUUAUUCAGCAAACCAAAGGUAAAGGAGUCCGCGCUGCAGUCAUAAAAAUGGCAGUUUCUGAGACAAUCUAUGAGAUCUGGAAUGCUAGGAACAACAACAUUUUAGGGAAGAAGACUGAGAUCAAUACAAUAGGACAGAAAAUUUCAGAUACACUGGUGUAUAGAGGAUGGAAUACUAAGAAACUCAAAAAAUAUAUAGCUACCUUAAUGAUAGAGGGGGGAUAG